AUGGAAGACCAUCUCCAGCCGUCAAAGACUGGAGAUGAAAAGGGCUUGGAUGAAAGUUUUAUGAGCGAAAUUGAAGGCAUGUUAACUGUGAUGUCGGAAGAAAUCAAAACAUAUCAAGACGGGGAUAUUUACUGUAUUGAAAUUCCUCAAAAAGAUCUUUUUGAUAAAUGGAUGUUAUCUCUGAAACUACGGUAUUGGUUAGAUCUUGGCGGUCGUGAUAACUAUGAUGUAGCAUGGCUUCGAAAGAUCGAUGAUAACAGCACAUUAGAAGAAAUUUUAAUAAAUAUCAAGAAAUGUGAUACGUCAGAAGCGUCUGCAGGGUCAAUUCCAAGCGAGAAUCUAUUUUCAAUCAAAGCUAUUAUAUCUAAGAUGAAAUUACUUAUCGAAGGAAAGUUUAUCGACAUAUGGAAAAGAAACGAGUACCAGAAAUUGAUCUGUUUAGUAUCAAAGCUAUGUCUGUGCCCUGAUGUCAACCAAGAAACCGCCGGUGAACUUUACACGAACGAAUUUUAUGGUCAAAACGUACCUGAUCAUAUCAUUAACCUUGAUAAUGUCUCGUUAGAUGUGUAUGCGGAUUCCGACUCGGAGGAUGACCCUAGGUGUCAAGAACCUGAAGAAAUUGUUAAUGAAACGCCAAAGAAAGUAAAACCCCCCAGGAAAACAAGAAUCAAGUCGCGUAAAUUAUUGGCGAGUAACUUGACACCCCAAAGUCACAAGGAAAAACAUAUGAAGGCUCAUUCAACUAAGAAAACAUAUCCAAAUUCGGAAGUAAAAGAUUUACAACAAGUACUUGAGGCGGUAAAUUCUUGCAACAAAAGAAUAGAUAACUUGGAAACCAUUACUGCCAAUCUGGACAAAAAUUUGACUAAUUCUGUUUUUGACUGUAAAGUUGUGAACAAUAUGGUGUGUGAAUUGAAAAGCGAGUUAUUCACAUCACUCGACAGCAAAUUGAAGCACCAACUAUCAGUAAUGCGAGAAGACCAAAAUAGUUUCAAAAAUGAAAUGGAAGAGAAAUUAAAAAAAGCAGAAACAGAAGUGAAACGGCUCCAAGGUCGGGUCGGGUCACUUGUGGAAGAGAAAACCAAUCUGUUGAAGCGGAUAAAAAGCUUAGAAAUUGACAAUAAAACAUUUAAAGACGAAGUAAGUUCGCUAAAUACAGCUAUAAAAGUAAACUAUAAUGAUGAUAUCAACACAAAUCCAACGUUAAUACAGUGUGAAAAUUCAGUUGUUGAUUCAACCAAAGAAGCUAAUCCAGACGCUGCUGCUAAUAAUUCUCCCAAUAUCACUGCUGCCGAAAACCCUGACACCGAAACUCCCAACGUUAAAAUUCCGGACAAUGGAAAUGCUACCAAUCAUGACGAAUAUGACUUUGUCAUGUUAUGUGACUCGAACAGGAAAUUCUUAAACAUAAGUAAGCUGUGUUCGAGUAGACAUAGCAAAAUCAUUCCCUGUAAUACAACAAAAAAGGCCAAAGAAAUUCUAGAGUCUCCCAGAUUUGAUGUCAAAAAAGGAAUCAUCAUAAACACUGGA